AAGAGUGAUCGGUCAAUGGAAGAUCCACCAAAGUUCAGUGACAGAGAGCAUUCUACUGAUCUGAGAUCAGAGGAAAGUAAAAGAUCAGACUCGCCUGAACCCAGCUGUGUGUCCAUGAAGAGUGAUCGGUCAAUGAAAGAUCCCAUGAACUUCAGAGAAGGAAAUUCUUCUACUGAUCUGAGGUCAAAAUUCAAGAAAUCAGAAAGAAGCAGCAGAAAUGAGUUGGAUUCAGUAUUUAAGGAGCUGGAGCAGAAAGUCUUCACUCUGUUGAAGAAUGAGCUGAAUAAAUAUAAGAAGAUACUGAGUCCAGAUUACCCAGAAUGCGCUGAGGUGAAGGAUGAGGAGGAUCAAUGUAGUUUCAGAGAGGAGGUGCUGAAGAUCACACUACAUGUCCUGAAGAAGAUGAACCAGACAGAUUUAGCCAACACACUGCAGACCAAGCUGGUCUCUGUUUAUCAGAAGAACCUCAAAACCAAACUGAUAGAGAAAUAUAAAAGAAUUAAUGAAGGAAUCUCACAGCCUGGAUCAUCAGUUCUCCUGGAUCAGAUCUACACUGAGCUCUACAUCACAGAGGGUUCGAGUGGAGACGUCAAUAAUGAACAUGAGGUGAGACAGAUUGAAACGACAUCCAGGAGACCAACAACACAGGAGAAACCCAUCAACUGUAACGACCUCUUUAAAGACAUGGCCAUCAGAACUGUGCUGACUAAAGGAGUUGCUGGAAUUGGAAAAACCGUCUCUGUGCAGAAGUUCAUUCUGGACUGGGCUGAAGGAAAAGCCAAUCAGGACGUUUUCUUCAUGUUCCCACUUCCCUUUAGAGAGCUGAAUCUGAUGAAGGAGGAACAUCUCAGUCUGAUGGAGCUUCUUCAUUAUUUUUUUCCAGAAUUUAAAAGAAUAAAAUCAAUAAACUGCAGCAUCUACAAGAUAAUUUUUAUCUUUGAUGGUCUGGAUGAGUGUCGACUUCCUCUAAACUUCCAGAACAAUGAGACUGUGAGGGAUGUAACAGAAUCAGCCUCAGUGGAUGUGCUGCUGAUGAACCUCAUCAAGGGGAACCUGCUUCCCUCUGCUCUCCUCUGGAUCACCUCUCGACCAGCUGCAGCCAAUCAGAUCCCUCCUGAGUGUGUAGCCCAGAUAACAGAGGUACGAGGUUUCAGUGAUCCUCAGAAAGAGGAGUACUUCAGGAAGAGUAUCAGUGAUGAGGACCUGGCCAGUAAAAUCAUCAAACACAUGAAGUCAUCAAGAAGCCUCUACAUCAUGUGUCACAUUCCAAUCUUCUGCUGGAUUUCAGCCUCUGUUCUAGAGAGAAUGCUGGGUGAAGCAGAGGGUGGAGAGAUCCCCAAAACUCUGACUCAAAUGUUCACCCACUUCCUGAUCUUUCAGAUCAAACACAAGGAACAAAAGUAUCAUGGGAAAUGUGAACCCGACCUUCAUCAGACCAGAGAGAUGAUACUGGCACUGGGAAAACUGGCUUUCCAACAGCUGGAGAAAGGAAACCUGAUCUUCUAUGAAGAAGACCUGAGAGAGUGUGGUAUUGAUGUCAGAGAAGUGUCAGUGUACUCAGGAGUGUGCACCCAGAUCUUCAGAGAGGAGUUUGGGUUACACCUGGGGAAGGUCUUCAGCUUUGUUCACCUGAGCGUCCAGGAGUUUCUGGCUGCUUUAUUUGCAUUUAUCUGCUUCAUCAGCAAAAAUCCAACAGAACAACAAACCACUGAUCUGUCUGAUCUGUUCACCAAGUCCAGCAUGUCUAAUUUCCUCAAGAGUGCAGUGGACAAGGCCUUACAGAGUGAAAAUGGACAGCUGGACCUUUUCAUUCGCUUCCUUCUGGGUCUCUCACUGGAGUCCAAUCAGACUCUCUUACGAGACCUACUGACAAAGACAGGAAGUAAAUCUCACAGUAAACAGGAAACUGUUAAGUACAUCAAGGAGAAGAUCAGGAAGAAUCCCUCACCAGAGAAAUCCAUCAAUCUGUUCCACUGUCUGAAUGAACUGAAUGAUCAUUCUCUGGUGCAGGAGGUCCAGACUUACCUGAAUAGAAUAAAACCACGUUAUGUAUUUGAUGAUUCUGGUUGUCUCAGUGGAACCAGUCUCUCUCCUGCUCAGUGGUCAGCACUGGUGUUUGUGUUGCUGAACUCAGAAGAAGAUCUGGAGAAAUUUGAUUUGAGGAAAUAUAACAGAUCAGAUGAAUGUCUUCUGAAGCUGCUGCCAGUUGUGAAAGAAUCCAGAAGAGCUGAGUUGGAAUGUUGUUCUCUAACAGAUGAAAGUUGUGCAGCUCUGUCCUCAGUUCUCAGUUCAAACUCCUCCAAUCUGAUAGAACUGAACCUGAGUUUCAAUAACCUGCAGGAUUCAGGAGUGAAGCUGCUCUCUGCUGCACUGAAGAAUCCACACUGUACACUGGAGAUACUGAGGUUGGAUUGGUGUGAUCUAACAGAUGAAAGUUGUGCAGCUCUGUCCUCAGUUCUCAGUUCAAACUCCUCCAAUCUGAGAGAUCUGAACCUGAGUAACAAUAAGCUGCAGGAUUCAGGAGUGAAGCUGCUCUCUGCUGCACUGAAGAAUCCACACUGUAAACUGGAGAUACUGAGGUUGUAUAAUUGUUCUCUAACAGGUGAAAGUUGUGCAGCUCUGUCCUCAGUUCUCAGUUCAAACUCCAACAAUCUGAGAGAUCUGAACCUGAGUGAGAAUAAGAUGCAGGAUUCAGGAGUGAAGCUGCUCUCUGAUGCACUGAAGAAUCCACACUGUACACUGGAGAUACUGGGGUUGGCUGGUUGUUCUCUAACAGGUGAAAGUUGUGCAGCUCUGUCCUCAGUUCUCAGUUCAAACUCCUCCAAUCUGAGAGAUCUGAACCUGAGUGUCAAUAACCUGCAGGAUUCAGGAGUGAAGCAGCUCUCUGCUGCACUGAAGAAUCCACACUGUACACUGGAGAUACUGGAGUUGGCUGGUUGUUUUCUAACAGGUGAAAGUUGUGCAGCUCUGUCCUCAGUUCUCAGUUCAAACUCCUCCAAUCUGAGAGAUCUGAACCUGAGUGUCAAUAACCUGCAGGAUUCAGGAGUGAAGCUGCUCUCUGCUGCACUGAAGAAUCCACACUGUACACUGGAGAUACUGAGGUUGGCUGGUUGUGAUCUAACAGAUGAAAGUUGUGCAGCUCUGUCCUCAGUUCUCAGUUCAAACUCCUCCAAUCUGAGAGAUCUGAACCUGAGUAACAAUAACCUGCAGGAUUCAGGAGUGAAGCUGCUCUCUGCUGCACUGAAGAAUCCACACUGUACACUGGAGAUACUGAGGUUGGCUGGUUGUGAUCUAACAGAUGAAAGUUGUGCAGCUCUGUCCUCAGUUCUCAGUUCAAACUCCAACAAUCUGAGAGAUCUGAACCUGAGUUACAAUAAGCUGCAGGAUUCAGGAGUGAAGCUGCUCUCUGCUGCACUGAAGAAUCCACACUGUACACUGGAGAUACUGAGGUUGGCUGGUUGUGAUCUAACAGGUGAAAGUUGUGCAGCUCUGUCCUCAGUUCUCAGUUCAAACUCCAACAAUCUGAGAGAUCUGAACCUGAGUAACAAUAAGCUGCAGGAUUCAGGAGUGAAGCUGCUCUCUGCUGCACUGAAGAAUCCACACUGUACACUGGAGAUACUGAGGUUGGAUUCUUGUUCUCUAACAGGUGAAAGUUGUGCAGCUCUGUCCUCAGUUCUCAGUUCAAACUCCAACAAUCUGAGAGAUCUGAACCUGAGUAAAAAUAAUCUGCAGGAUUCAGGAGUGAAGCUGCUCUCUGCUGCACUGAAGAAUCCACACUGUAAACUGGAGAUACUGAGGUUGUAUAAAUGUGAUCUAACAGGUGAAAGUUGUGCAGCUCUGUCCUCAGUUCUCAGUUCAAACUCCAACAAUCUGAGGGAACUGAACCUGAGUAACAAUAAGCUGCAGGAUUCAGGAGUGAAGCUGCUCUCUGCUGCACUGAAGAAUUCACACUGUACACUGGAGAUACUGAGGGUGGAUCAGAGUAGGCUGACAGAUGAAAGUUGUGCAGCUCUGUCCUCAGUUCUCAGUUCAAACUCCUCCAAUCUGAGAGAUCUGAACCUGAGUUUCAAUAAUCUGCAGGAUUCAGGAGUGAAGCUGCUCUCUGCUGCACUGAAGAAUCCACACUGUACACUGGAGAUACUGAGGUUGGAUAAAUGUUCUCUAACAGAUGAAAGUUGUGCAGCUCUGUCCUCAGUUCUCAGUUCAAACUCCUCCAAUCUGAGGGAACUGAACCUGAGUUUCAAUAAGCUGCAGGAUUCAGGAGUGAAGCUGCUCUCUGCUGCACUGAAGAAUCCACACUGUACACUGGAGAUACUGAGGUUGGACAGUUGCUCUAUUACAGAUGAAGGUUUUAUAUCUCUGGCUUCAGCUCUGAGCUCAAACUCCUCAUCACUCCUGAAACUACUGGAUCUGAUCUACAAUAAACCAGGAGAAUCAGGAGUGAAGCUUCUCACUGAUCUACAGAAGGAUCCUCACUGUAAACUGGAGACACUAUAUGUAUAAGUGACACAGCACCUCGACCCAUGUGUGACCAGCACUUCAUGUUCAGGUGAAUCGAUCUUUCAUUGGAGCUGCUUUAUUAGCCAGCUGAAGCUUCACCAUGAGCAGAGAUAUGAAGUGAUGCAUCACCCCAAUCUUUCAGUUCAACCAACAGUGGAACCCCAGUAUAAUGAUACAGACAUGAAUUGAGUCCCAACUGGAUGUUUGGCAAGAUCUCUACAACCAAUCCAGCCAAUCUCUUGGUUGGUCAGUUACAGUAAUCACACUGAUCUUCUGGCUACUCUAUGUGAGGACUGUAAACCACCAUUUAAUACAUAUUACGAUAAAAGCUGGUGUAACAAAUACUUUAGUUUGGAAAAAAAAUACUUCUGGUAAGAUUUAUUGUAAAUGUAGUAGAUGUAAAUGAUGUUACUGGAUGCUUUACACUCAGAUUUAUUGUAUCUGUUUAAGUGUAGAAACGAUUUUUCUCAUUUUUUUACUUAAUUAUACAAACUGUAAGAAAUGAAAUUCUUAAAGCAUAAGUGUGGGGCUGUAUUUAGAUCAUUACAUUCUGAUUAAUUUUCUGAACUAAUAUUUGAUUUACACUUAAUACAAGCUUUGUUUAUUCAGUAAUUACAUACAUACAUAACAUUUUAAACUUCAACUUUUUUUAA